GGCGGCGGGGCCGGCCCGGCGAUGAGCGGCUCGAAGCCCAGGGUGGCCGCGGCCGGGCCCGGCGGGGCGCUGAGUCGCCUGCGCGGGCAGAGGAGCUCGGGGGCUGCCAAUGCCGCCGCGCCUCCUCCGCGGGCCGCCCUGCCGCCUCCCAGGACGGAGGCGGAGCUGCUGGCGCUCGAGGCGGUGCGGCCCGAGCACGUCCUGGGACUCGGCCGCGUCACGGAGCAUUACCUUUGCCGACCCGAAGACAACAUCUACAAUAUCGACUUCACCAAGUUUAAAAUCCGGGACCUGGAGACUGGGACAGUGCUGUUUGAAAUUGCCAAACCUUCAAUUUUAGAGCAAGAGGACUACGAGUGUGACCUUGGGGAGGUGGACAGCAGCGCCGGACGCUUUGUUCGCUAUCAGUUCACUCCGGCCUUCCUGCGCCUACGGACCGUUGGGGCAACGGUGGAGUUCACCGUGGGAGACAAGCCCGUCUCCAACUUCCGUAUGAUCGAGAGGCAUUACUUCAGAGACCGUCUUCUGAAGAACUUUGACUUUGAUUUUGGCUUCUGCAUCCCCUGCAGCAGGAACACCUGUGAGCACAUAUACGAGUUUCCUCAGCUGUCAGAGGACCUCAUACGCUUGAUGGUCGAGAACCCCUACGAGACUCGCUCAGACAGCUUCUACUUUGUGGACAACAAGCUGAUCAUGCACAACAAGGCCGAUUACGCCUACAAUGGCGGGCAGUAGCCAUUCCAGCAUCGCCUGCGGACAUUGCGUGGGCCAGAGGCAGCCUGGUCCUGCCCCUCCUUCCCGCGAGGCUCAAGAAGCAGCAUGCCAAGCGGGAGGGGUCUCCUCUGGGACAGUAAAGGAAUUCUCUGGGCCGUUGAUGCUUUGCUCCAUCAUGGCUUCCAUUGGCAUCCUGGUCUGGUGACAAGCCCAGCACUGGCCCUCCCAAUGGACCAAGCUUGGCUAGAAUCCCCUUCCUAACGCAUCCCGCAGCUCAGAGAGCUGGGCAGGUGCUGGGCCUUGUGGCCUGCUUUGCACCUGAGCUGAUGUUCCCGUUUGUCAGGGUUGUUUCUCUGUCUUUGGAGUCGGAGGGGCCUGGAGGGGGCUCCUGGGGGAGGGCAGAACUUUGUCUUGUUCUGGGCCUGUUUGAGCAACAGCCACCACUAAAGGUCUGGCCUGUAUGGUAAAGAUGUGCCCCUAGCCAGAAGAGCAGAAGGUGACUCCGUGGCUUCUACUACCUAGCAAUUCUCACUGGGGAGGUGGGGGCCAUCCUAGUCUUUCUCCUCCCCUCUCAAUAUUGCCUUGCUUCUGGCUGAGAAAAGGCUGGCAAAGGCUGCAGGUGAGAAUUGACUCCGCCAUCUGGCUGGGCUCUCUGGCAAGCCGCUACAGGCGCUGCUUUGGCAGAAGGGCUGGAGUCUCUCUGGAGGGAGGUGGGGCACCCCAUGGCAGUCAGUCUCCAAAGGGAGGGAGGCUCCAGGGAGCAACGGAGAAGUCCAAAACGAGCAACGUUUAAACCUCUUAGUUGGGGGGAGGUUUAACUGCCCCCAACAAAGGAGCUUCGGGUGCAGGACUCAGUUCCGGUUCUUUUAAGGGGUAAGUUCUCAUGGUCGUCUGGGGAAGGGCUGGUGGUGAGAAUGGUGGGUCGACGCUUCCCCGGCUCUCUCUGGCAAAGUGCCUUUCUCCAAGGGCUUUCUUUUCCUUCACGGUUAAACCCAGGUGCCUUUGGAACUACCCUCUGCUGCACGGAGUCCCCAGGCAGCUCCUCUGACCUGGAAGCCUUGGAAGGGCUGACCCCAAAGCAGGGGCCGUUCGCAAUAACCCACCCUCCCUGCCAUUUUUCCUCUGUGCCUUCCUUGCCACUGACUGCCCAGCAAUAGGAGGGAAAUUGGGUACGUGUGUGAAAAAAAUGGGGUGCUUCACUGGGCAAGAGGGAAUUGCCAGACGCCCCAAGUGCAUCCUCUGGAGCCCUGGACAACAGCUGUCCUUAGGCCCUCAUCCGUUCUCUCCUGGAGCUGUUCUGCUCUGCAAGGGCUGCGUUUCUGCCACUCCCGUUGGGCAUGCAGGGAUCAGUUUGGGGGUUGGGGUGUUUCUGCCAUGCUGACCAAGGGGGCAUGCAGAGUGGGGCUGCCCUUCCAAAGCAGGAUGUGAUUAGAAAUGCAGGCCUCCCUUUUGGCCGGAGCACUGCAGGGGGACUAGUGACCUAGGUAAGUGGGUGGCUGGAAAAGGGGCAUGAAAUUGAGAGGGUUUCGUUUCCUCCAGCCAGCUCAGGAGAAAAGCAAAAGGGGGGCUCCCCUUUAGGCUCAUUCCCCCCACCCCCACCCUUGAAAGCAAAGACUGCUCUGGGGAGACCUGCUCUCGGCAAUCGGCAGCAGCCGUAGCCACCUUUGUGGCCACUGGUAGCCAUCCUGUCUGGAGCAUGCCCCACCUGAGUACUGCUUAGGAGCAGCAGCUUGGCCACGACCGCUGUGUGUGGGUCAAGCACGCACACAUGCAUCUCUGUCCGUUUCCAGUUAUGUGAACUGAUCUGCAGGCUCAAACUACGGAUGUUCUGGAAUUCCGUAUGCAAUGAUCUUCUGAGAUGGUUAUUUAGAGCAACAGUGCAAUGAAUUUUCCCAGGGCGGGAGAAGAUUGAGCACUGUGGCCAAAAGCCCCCCCACACCCACACAUGCCCCCCAACCCGAUCUUGUGGCUUUGAAUUGGCCAGUGGCGCUUCAUGAGAGUUUAUCCAUGAAAGGGGCUGCCCCUCCCCACAGAAUCUUAGUGUGGCAAGUGUGAAGUGCACAGGAUGGUCGCUAGUUUUUCUAAUUUUUUGCUGAGAUAUUUUUCCAUAGAGAAUGGCAGAAGUUCCAAAAGUGCCCCCCCAAGUGAUUUCCAUAAUAGUAUCUGCUCCAUCAUGCUAUCAUUUUUAUAUCUCCUUGAUCUGCAGUAAUUUAGCCGACUUGUUUGUAUAAAGCGUUAUUUUGUCUGAAGCAAUAGUAAUUAAAAAAAACGUACAUUCCAA